GAUCGAAGAGAGUCGCGCGCUUCCCUCAAAAAGGCGUGCACCCUGUCAUCACCUGGACUUCAUCCGUCUUGUCAAGCAUCAUCUCCUCCCUUCAAGACGCCUCACCCAUACCAACAUCUCGCUCUCUAGGAGUCCUCAACUGCUGAACAAUCGACUGUCAACAGACGCAAAGAACGUAACAGCUUACUUUUACUCAAACCAUGGCCAUCAACGUUACACGGUGGACGAUCGCCCUUCUGGUGCUCCUAAGCGUUCUCCCCUCGGUCUUUGGCCUCUACUUUUAUCUCGAGGGCGCCGAGCAAAAGUGUUUCACUGAGGAGCUUCCGAAGGAGACCAUGGUCACAGGUGAUUACACUGCCGAGGAAUGGGAUCAGGAUACACGAAAGUUUGUCCUGAACAAGGAUAUCCAGCUCGAGGUCGUUGUCGAGGAAAUGCCCUCCGGUAACAGAGUCUACGGUCAGAAGUUGGCCCCCAAGGGCAGAUUCAAGUUCACGUCUGCGGAGUCCGGAGAGCACGCCAUCUGCUUAUUCACCGCGGAUGCCGGCUGGUUCGGUUCUACCAAGCUCAGAGUGACCCUGGACUUGGAGAUCCGUGAUAUUCUUGAGGAUGAUAACCAGAUUCCGGAUGGAGCUUUGAGUGAUCUUGCCCAGCGCGUCCGUGAUCUGAGCCACAAGGUCGGCGAUAUCAGACGCGAUCAGUCUUAUCUUCGUGACCACGAACGAGAAUUCCGCGACAAGAGUGAGUCUACGAACGCUCACACCGUCACCUGGACCAUUGUCCAGCUCGUCGUCUUGGGCAUCACCUGCGCUACCCAGUUACGCUCGCUCCGCAGGUUCUUCGAGACCAAGAAACUGGUCUAGAGGUCUAGAGAGAAUGUCCGCUCGCAACAGGCCUGUGCAGGAUCGCUUGCGUCCUCACAUCUGCAGUACAUGACAAGUCCGUCUGUUCGGACCAAGGACCAGAAAAUGGAAAACUGGAUAUAUCUUUGCAUCCAGAGGAGAGCAAUACACGGCAGCAAAGUGCCAUUUUAAUAUUAAAAAACCCCCCCCCCUCAAACAUCGUUGUGUUGACAUGGCUACCAUCACGCCGACCAUUGUCAUCCAUUUUCAAUUCUUUCCCUGAUAUUAUUUAAGAAUAUUUUAUAUAAGAAAAAAAAA